ACAAAUUGAAGAUGGAAAGGAUAUGACAAGUUUUAUCUAUAACAUCAUUUCUUUCCUUCUCUUUUCAUGAUCUCUCACUCUCUCUUCCACAAUGGCUUCUUCUACUCUCUCUACCCAUUAUCACUUCACUUCUCCUUCUCCUUCUUCAAAGAACAAUGCUAACAUCAAGCUUUCCUCUUCUCUUUUUGUUUCUCCCAUUAGCUUAUCUUCGAACCCCAACAUUUCUCUUCAAUUCUUUGACAAGAAACACUCCCCAGUUCUUUCAACAGCUCCAAGAAGGCUCUCAGUUAUUGCAAUGGCACCUCCUAAACCUGGCGGAAAGGCCAAGAAAGUGAUUGGAUUGAUAAAGUUGGCUUUAGAGGCAGGGAAAGCAACUCCUGCACCACCUGUAGGACCAGCACUCGGUUCAAAGGGUGUAAAUAUCAUGGCUUUUUGUAAGGAUUAUAAUGCAAGAACUGCUGAUAAAGCUGGUUAUGUCAUUCCUGUUGAGAUUACUGUUUAUGACGAUAAAAGCUUUACUUUCGUUUUGAAGACACCUCCUGCUUCAGUUUUAUUGCUUAAGGCUGCAGGAGUGGAGAAAGGUUCUAAAGACCCAAAGAUGGAGAAAGUGGGUAUGGUCACGAUUGACCAAUUGCGUGCCAUAGCUACUGAAAAGCUGCCAGACUUGAAUUGCACAACCAUCGAAUCAGCAAUGAGAAUCAUAGCAGGCACUGCAGCUAAUAUGGGGAUUGAUGUUGAUCCUCCUAUUCUUGAACCCAAAACAAAGAUUGUCUUGUAGUUCACUUUGUUAUUUUUGCCUUGAUUUUGGAAUGUUUGUAUUUAGAAUAAUCUGUAGAAGCAAUUCAUGGAAAGAAUUAUAUUCAUAGUUCUGUAACUUCAAUGUCGGCCCGUUUGACUAUAAAUUUUAUGAUCUGGUGAAUGACACGAGCUUUACUCGAGAA